AUGAUAAACAAAGCUAAGGAUGAAAUAAAUGAAAUUUCAUCAAAAUAUUAUAUACGCGAAUAUAUUCCUUUGAUGAUAAUUUUAGGAAUAUUUCAAUUUACCCUUAUAGUAAUUUGUGUUUUAUUGUUAGGAUCUUGGAAGUGGAUUAGGGAGUCUAAAUUGAGUGAUAAUCGGAGAAUUACACUCUUUUUAUUUUUCCUAAUAAUUUUAAUUAUUAAUACUCGAUUAUGUCAAAAUUAUAUUGAUGAAAAUAUCAUUUUACAAAGAAAAAAGUCAAAAUCAGAUGAAUCUUACUUAAAAACAUUAGGAAUCAAUGCAUGGAAAUUUAUACCUGAAUCAAGAUUUUUAUUAUUAAAUAUAAUAAAAAUUGAUGACGAGACUGAUAAUGAAGAUGAUGAGAUUGAGAACGUUUAUAACGGAGAAACCGAUAAGAUUAAAAUCGUUGAUAAUGAUAAAAAUGAUGAUAAUAUUAAAAUUUAUUUUAAUGCUAAAUCAGACGUUAUGAUACAAACAAAUUAUCCUUUAUCAAAUAUUAACAAUAUACCAUUUGAUACCAUUGCUUUGAAUAUGCAUACUUCUUCCACACAACCAAUAGAGUAUUGGUUCUAUUACUAUGAAAUAACAAUUUCUUCGAAUCCGAAUAAUGAUAAAACAAUAAUUGCUAUUGGUCUUGCCACGAAAAAUUAUUCAAUUAACAGAUUGCCUGGUUGUGAUACACAUUCUGUUGGUUUUCAUUCAGACGAAGGUAGAACAUUCCACAAUGAAGGAUAUACUGGUUCAAAAUAUGCUGAAAAAUGGGGCAAAGUAAAUGAUGUAAUAGGUUGUGGUUAUUGUCCAAAUACUGGACAAAUUUUCUUUACAAUGAAUGGUAAGAAUUUGGGUAUCGCUUAUACCAGUCUAUUUUAUAAUUGGUAUCCUACAAUUGGUUCUAAUGGAUUUUGUAGUUUAAAUGUUAAUUUUGGCCAAAAAGAAUUUAAGUAUAAAGAAGCUAAUGGUAUGAGCGUUGCUGGUAUAAUUUCUCAAGAAUUAUUAAAUAAGAUAGAAAAAGAAAUUAUUAAUGUAGAACAGUAA